UGGCAGCUUCUCUCUGCACCAUCAGAACCUCGGAGCUGUUGACCGCACACCGACGAGGUGAUCCGGACCUACCGCGGCCACAUGGCAAGGUGGCUAUUAGGUGGAUAUAACGGCCAGGAGGCGCGGGUAUGUACCUGUCAUGGAGUUCCUCGAUCAAAUGAUCAACUCUUCAGACCUCCAGCUGACCAUGUGAUGAAUUCAAGGACCAUGCCAGAUGGCAUAGCAGCCACUCGAGAGAGAUGUUUUGAGCCCGUUCACUCCACAUCUGAGAGGAUGGUGUCCCCAUUCACAGGCCAGCAAGAUUCUCCUGUGGAUCCCUGUGAAGGGACCAGCUGUGCCUUUGAGGACACUGACCGUCUGCCCAGGCUCCUGGACACUGACCACCCUCCUUGCCAAUUAGACAUGAGGCUCAUGAGGCACAAAGCCUCCUGGAUCAACCCACCAUGUGUGGAGCCGCCGCUACAAGACUUACGCCCCCAGAGACCAACAGUGCAGAACAGUGGGAAACCCUUGGUGGUGGACACUCUCUCUCCCGUGGGCCUUUCACUGCUGUCCCACGGGGACUCCCUAGCUGAGAUGCCACUGUCUGAGAAUACUGCUGAUGUUCUCUGCAGCACCAUUGCUUGUGGCUCCGGGGGCAAGAAUGGUGACCUCUCCCUGGCUACAGAAGAGCGAGAGGUUCAUCCUCAGCACAAAUCUCUGCUCAAAACCCCCCAGCCUGUGGCCACUUCCCCAUCCCCUAAGGAGGACAGUGCCCGUUUUGAGUCUUCCCGUUUGACAGCUUCUGCAGAUGACGGUGCUGCUCCGAGCAGCAGAAGAAACCAUUCUUGGAAUUUCUUCCCACUAGAGACAUUCAUGGUGCCCACUGAUGUGGAAAAGGAAAAUGUCCACUUUUAUGCUGCAGACAUGAUAAUCUCCACAUUGGAGAAUAUGAAGUGCAACCUCCUGAGUCAACAGCAACCAGAAAUCUGGGGCACAGAGGAAGCCAGCGGGUCUCGUGGGAAUGGUCAGACCAAUGCUGAAGUGACCUUGUAUACCCCAGCCAAGCAGGAGCCAGGGUCCUCCACUUCUUCAGACAGUGGCUAUGAAGGUUGUGCUGUGCUCCAGGUCAGCCCAGUGGCUGAGACACUUUCUUCCUCUCCUGUGGCGAGAGAGGCCUGCAAACAAGACUUGGAUGAAUUGGUUAUGUUAGAACUUGGGGAAUGUAAUGACGUCACAGAAGGCAGCAGACGCAGACAUCCCUGCAACUCUUUAAAGAGUGCAACGUGUGAGUCAGACGUCAGUCCUGCUGGGCUGUUAGCCAGAGAGUUGCUUCGAGGGUUCUGGAAGUACCAGGUGCUGUCGGAAGUCAAUUCUCGGCUGCCAGGUUCCCUGACAGCAGCCAGCUCAGGAGUUGGGAAUGAAGAGAAUGCUGGGGAAGACUUCGACUCCAGUGUGGAUGCAACACAGGAAAUCAUGCCGAAGUCUAAGGUCCCAGGAGCUGAAGACUGGGUACCCUCUCGAUUUCAAAUCGUACUUACUGUUCACACGCCAAUCAAGAGGGACAUAGCGGUCGUGGCCCAGAAUUUCUUCUGUGCUGGAUGUGGGACUCCAAUACAGCCCAAGUUUGUGAAACGGCUCCGGUAUUGUGAGUAUACGGGGAAGUACUUCUGUGACAGCUGCCACUCGUCUGCAGAGUCCUGCAUCCCUGCGAGGAUCCUGAUGAUGUGGGACUUCAGGAGGUACCAAGUCAGCAAUUUCUCUAAAUGGCUACUGGACAGCAUAUGGCACCAACCUGUCUUCAACUUGCUAGGCGGGCACCAUGAGCUCUAUGCAAAAGCCAAGGAACUGGACAGAGUGAAGGACAUCCAAGAGCAACUGUUUCAUAUCAAGAAGCUGUUGAAGACUUGCAGGUUUGCUGACAGUGUCCUGAAGGAGUUUGAGCAGGUUCCCAGCCAUUUGACUGACGAAUGCCAUCUGUUCUCCAUGGAAGACCUCCUUAGGACCAAGAAGGGACUGUUGGCACCCUUGCUUAAGGACAUCCUGAAAUCUUCUCUUGCCCAUGUGGCCAGCUGUGAGCUGUGCCAGGGGAAGGGCUUCAUUUGUGAGUUUUGCCAGAGCACGACUGUCAUCUUCCCGUUUCAGACCACGACUUGCACAAGAUGUUCAGGGUGCAGGGCUUGCUUUCACAAACAGUGUUUCCAGUCUUCGAGAUGCCCCCGCUGUGCCAGGAUCACAGCCCGGAGACAACAUUUGGAGAGGUUGCCCUUUGCAGGGACAUGAUGGCCCCCUGCCGGAGCUUUCGUUUGUUCGAAGCACUUUAUGAUGAUACCAAACUGUGUCAAUUGUGUCUGCUCCUGGUAACACUGUUUCAGAUACUAAGUAUUUUUAUAGUAAGAAAAAGAUGACUCAAUUCCCCCCUCUUGUAUGUAUUUAAUGUUCUCAAGGAGUGUGGAAGUUUUGUUACUAGGUGUUAAGU